CAUGCGCGGCGGGUGACGUCACCCGGAUCGAGGUCCGUCGUCGCCGUGGCAGCGGUCGCCGGAGGCUGGUGGCACGGUUACACACCGGGGGGCGAUGGAAGCGCUGGGCGAGGCUGGGCUGCACUUUGACGAGCUUAACAAACUGAGGGUCCUGGACCCGGAGGUGGCCCAAAGCACGGUAGAGCUGAAGGAAGAGUGCCGGGACUUUGUGGAAAAAAUAGCCCAGUUCCAAAAGAUUGUCGGUGGGUUAAUUGAGAUUGUUGAUCAACUUGCAAAGGAAGCUGAGAACGAAAAGAUGAAGGCCAUAGGGGCCAGAAACCUUCUGAAAUCAGUUGCUAAGCAAAGGGAAGCACAACAGCAGCAACUCCAAGCUCUAAUAGCUGAAAAGAAAAUGCAACUUGAAAGAGUCAACCUGCGCAGCUGCUUUGAGUGUCCUAUGGACUCGAACCCAAGAUCCCUCUGAUCCUCCACACUGCCAAGAGUUAAAUAUAUCGGAUUGAAUAUGAUGCCCUGUCAAAGGUAGAAGCUGAACAGAAUGAGUUCAUUGACCAAUUUAUUCUUCAGAAAUGACACAAGGAGAGACUCUAAAGUGAGAAGUAUAUUUGUCACAACAAUGCAGAGAUUUCAGUGAUUAUUCCAUUAUGCCAUUCCAUCAACACAGUGACUUUACUCACAGUGCAUUUUUGAAUUGCUAUUUCAGUGAAUAUAAAGCAUAUAUUUCUAUAAUGCAGAUUUAUAUGUAGUCAUUUGGACUGUAUCAGCAAUUUUUACUGCAAUGUUGAAAUACACUUUAUCAGAUACAAUUUCGGCAAGCUAGUAUUAUGUAAAUACUUUGUAUAUUUUAUGUUAUAGCUAAUAAAUCAUUCUUGCAAUGUG